CUGUCGGUCCUCAGUCGUCACUAUCAGGACGUCACCUGUAUGAAGUUCACAGACGACGGCAGCCAUUUUGUUUCUGCAGGAAAAGACAACCUGGCUCUGGUGUGGAGUCUCUGCAGUGUGAUCCAGCUGGAUUUAGGCCACACCCCCGAGCCGCGUCACAUCCUGUCUCGUCACUCUCUACCAAUCACAGACCUGCACUGUGGCCUGAUGGGAGCUCAGAGCAGAGUGGCCACCGCCUCCUUAGACCAGACUGUCAAGGUGUGGGAGUUGUCCUCAGGUGAGCUGCUCCUGUCUGUCCUCUUUGACGUGGAGAUCAUGUCUGUGACCUUUGACCCCUGCGAGUACUUCCUGUUCUGUGGAGGAAGUGAUGGAAACAUUUUUCAGGUGUCUCUGUGCAGCCAGAGUCUCAGUCGGGACAAAUCCUUCACGUCCGACAACGACGGGAACCAGGUCUUCAAAGGACACAGGAACUUGGUGACGUGUCUCUCGGUGUCGAUGGACGGGACGCUCCUCCUCUCGGGGUCACAUGAUGAGACGGUUCGUCUCUGGGACGUUCAGAGCAAACAGAGCAUCCGCUGCCUCGCCCACAAAGGUCUGGUGACGAACGCCGUCAUCAUGGCGGCUCCGGCUAACAUGUUCCUGCCCGACAGUCGGCCCGCCGUCCCUCUGCCGCGCUUCAGCCGACACCUGCACGCCUCGGAGGGCGGAGAGUCCGGAGAGGUGUGUGUCCGCCUGGGACUCUACGCACAGGGGGAGGAGCAGACGUACCUGCAGAAAGCUGAUAGGCUGAACUCUUUGAUGAAUGCUGUGACGGACAAGUCGGUGUUCGGUGACGGUGAGAACACGAAGGUUCGAGUCGCGGAGCUCGAAGAAGAAGUUCAGACUCUGAAGAAAGUCAACAAAGAUCUGUACGACUUCUCGAGCCAGCUGCUCACCAAACCCACAUAGACACUGACUACAUGUACACACACACACACACACACACACACACACAGGUAUACACACAUUUAAACACACUGUGGUGGUUUCUGUUGUUACAAAAUAAAAGUCUUGUUUUUGUAGAAC